UUGUUUGUGUCAAUUGUGUGCUUUUUGUACGUUCUUGAAAGAUGGCCGGAGUUGUUGUGGUAUUCGACUUCGACCAUACCAUCAUCAACUGCGACAGCGACAAUUUAGUCGUCGACGGGUUGGGUGCCACCGACUUGUUCAAUGAGCUCUCCCCCACCAUGCCGUGGAACCCUCUCAUGGAUCGGAUGAUGAAGGAGCUUCACUCGCAAGGAAAAACGAUCGAGGACAUUGUGGAGGUGCUUAAAACGACUCCAAUCCAUCCCAGAAUCGUGGCAGCCAUUAGAGAAGCUCAUGCUUUAGGAUGUGAUUUGAGGAUUGUGAGUGAUGCCAAUGUGUUUUUCAUUGAGACCAUUCUGAAGCAUCUUGGUCUGGAAGAAUGUUUCACGGAGAUCAACACUAACCCAAGUCAUGUUGAUGAACAAGGAAGGCUUCGGAUUUCACCUUUCUGUGAUUUCACCAGUUCCCCUCAUGGCUGUAGCCUCUGCCCUCCCAACAUGUGCAAGAGUGUGAUAACUGAGAGAAUCCGAUCGCAAGCUUCAGCUGAAGGAAGGAAAAGAAUGAUCUACGUAGGUGAUGGGGUUGGUGAUUAUUGCCCUAGUUUGAAUCUGAGGGAAGGAGAUUUUGUAAUACCAAGGAAGAAUUUCCCGCUUUUCAAUAAGAUAUGCCAGAACCCUUUGGCUCUUAAGGCUGAGAUUCAUGAGUGGAUUGAUGGGGAAGAGUUUGAGCACAUUUUGCUCAAUUUGAUCAACCGAAUCACCAUUGAAGAGAGUGCAGCUGCUCAGUUCAUUACGACUGACUGCAAGUUAGAAACCAUCUAUGUUUCCGGCCAUGAGUCCUUCGCUAAAGCUCUCCCAGUUUAGUGAUGGCAAAUUUUGAAUGCUCAUUUGUAUGCAUGUAACUAGAGUAAUAAUUUUAAUUGCUGGCAAAACUUUGUAGUAAGCUAGCAAAUUAUUUUGGG